CUCCGCACUAGAAAAUAUUAUUUUAGACACUUUAUUAACGAACCAUCAUAACGACCUAUGCUCAAGAUUUUAUCACUCGCACGCAGCUCUGGCGGACGGGCGCUACGCAGUCUGCACACACAUGCGCCGUUCCUGUCAGGACUCAUUCCGCGCACGGUCCGCCGCAACGCAGCGAUGGCGAGUCUGUAUGAAGACGCAGUACGGUAUGAGCCCGGCACAUGCGUGUCUUCUGUUGGCGCCUUGGUGGCGCGAUCGGGCAACAAGACAGGCCGGUCGCCCAAGGACAAGCGUGUUGUCAAGGAGGCAUCCACGGUCGAUGACGUGUGGUGGGGCCCGGUCAACAAGAAGCUGUCAGAGGAGUCGUUCGCCAUCAACUACGAGCGCGCUGUCGACUACCUCAACACGCGUGAGCGCCUGUACUACCGCAUCAAGGUGCGCGUGGUGUGUGCGCGCGCCUACCAUGCGCUGUUCAUGAACAACAUGCUGAUCCGGCCGACAGCCGAGGAGCUGGAGAACUUUGGCGAGCCCGAUUUCACCAUUAUCAACGCGGGCCAGUUCCCGGCCAGCACAUUCACUGAGGGCAUGACAAGCAGCACCAGCGUGUCGAUUAGCUUCAAGCACAAGCAGAUGGUGAUUCUGGGCACCGAGUACGCGGGCGAGAUGAAGAAGGGCGUGUUCACGGUGAUGCACUAUCUGAUGCCCAAGGCCAAUGCGCUGUCACUGCAUGCGUCAUGCAAUGAGGGGCGAUCGGGCGACGUGUCGCUGUUCUUUGGCCUGUCGGGUACCGGCAAGACGACGCUGUCGGCGGACCCGCAGCGGCUGCUGAUCGGUGAUGACGAACACGUGUGGACCGAGAGCGGUGUGUUCAACAUCGAGGGCGGCUGCUACGCCAAGUGCAUCGAUCUGUCGGCUGAGAAGGAGCCGGAGAUCUUCCGAGCGAUCCGGUUUGGCUCGGUGCUAGGAGAACUGGACUACACCGACAAGACAAUCACCGAGAACACGCGCUGCGCGUACCCGAUCGAGCACAUGGACAGUGCCAAAGUGCCGUGUGUGGGCGGGCACCCGAAGAACAUUGUAUUGCUGACGUGCGAUGCGUUCGGUGUGCUGCCGCCGGUGGCCAAGCUGACGCCUGCGCAGGCCAUGUACCACUUCAUCUCGGGCUACACAGCCAAGAUUGCCGGCACCGAGGAGGGCGUCAAGGCGCCGGUGGCGACGUUCUCUGCGUGCUUCGGGCAGCCGUUCCUGGUGUGGCACCCGGUCAAGUACGCGCGGAUGCUGGCCGAGAAGCUGCAGAAGCAUAAUGCCAGCGUGUGGCUAGUCAACACCGGCUGGGCCGGCGGUGCCUAUGGCGUCGGCAAGCGCAUCUCGCUCAAACACUCGCGCCAGAUCAUCGACGCUAUCCACUCGGGCGAACUUGAGCAGGCCGAAUAUGCCAACUACCCAGUAUUCAACCUGCAGAUCCCGCGGUCCGUCACGGGCGUGCCCAGUGAGAUUCUGGAUCCGCUGCAGGCCUGGCAGGGCUCGCCAGCAGAGUUCCAUGAGACCAUUGGAAAGCUUGCGGGGCUAUUCAGCGACAACUUCACACAGUACGCCGACCAGGCGACACCCGAGAUCACAGCAGCCGCACCCGCAGUCUAAUAGGCCAUAUUUAUUCAGGCAGAUAGGAUGCCACCUUUGAGAAAUAA